AUGUUUGAGUUUGCCCGAUUUCCCAUCUACGUGCGAUUGCUGCAUGGCGCAUUAAAUGACAAGAAUGACGGAAAAAAGGAGUACAUUGAAGAAGACGGUCAUGGAGCACUGGGAAGAUCACUCUCCUCAAAUUUCGGCUCGUCUACCGGGUUGCUCUCCCAUCCAGCUAGGAUGUCCCAAGACCUCCUCCAAGAGUUUGCGAGCUGGGGAAGAGAUCAUGGAUUCGACCUCAAUGAGAUAAGCACAAUGGUCCUGCAGCUACCUUAUGUCAUGCAGAACAUCAGUGCCUCGAGCUCACCCUUUGACAAUAGCCGUAGGAAUGAUGGUUGUUUUAUGGGAUACGAUCAUAACGUUACCAGACGUACGUCUAGCUCUCCUGAACAUGGCCGGCUCUGGCUAACACUUGCUCCCAAUUCGACAGGAAGUACAAUUUAUUUGGCCGAUGCCGCUUGGAUUAAUCAACCUUAUGGGGAAGAAGGCCAUCCAUCAUAUAUCCUCUUUAUGCGUUCUAUGUUGGGGUUUGCUACUGCAAGCAUGGCCAGUGAGUGCAUCGUCUACGUUCUUGUGAUCUUGCUCAUUUUCGAUGGUGACUUGACUGAGUGUUCCCUGUCCGGUGUACAGAUCCUGUUCGACAUUGUAAUCUUCGUCCUUACUGCGAUAAAAGCCAAACAAGACAACGUCGCGUUGCAGCGCAGCUCCAGACAAACUGCCCCUGUGCUCGUGAGCUUCUAUCUUUUGCUAGGGAUCUAUUGUGUGUUGAUCAUUGCCCUACGGAUCAUCAAUUUUGCUGCGUGGGCGUUCAUGGACGAAUCGUUGGUCUACAUUAUGAUAGUUUUCCUCUGGGCGAUGGUUACGACCUUGAUCAAUCGAUUCUAUCUUAACCUACGACGUGUUGCCUAUACUACGGCUGCUGCAAUCCUUACGAAUGCCUCGAUACGGGAGCGAGAGCGCCCAAUCCAACCGGGCUAUGGUCACUACUACCACGGCGGUGUGGGUGCCACUGCGGGUGCCUAUCACGGCGGCAUGAUCGAUACAUACACAAGAAAGGGUGCUCAGUCCCCUUGGAUUGACCUCGAGGACGGACGUUCGCCGAUUCUGGACAUCAUUAGGAACGGGGUGGUAGAUGAAGUUGUUAUAGCCGAAGUUGGACGACAGAGAGCGGCCCAAGGCGGAGUAAUAGAGACGCAUGGGUCUGUGCUUGACGCCACUGGCGGUGAUAGGUCGUGGUAUAACAGAACCACAGACUUUCCCGAGAUGGAUGAGGAGGAACCAAUACCCUUGCAGCCGCCGGCUCAUGGGAUUCUUGUCUCGCAAGGGCAAAAACGUGGUCAACGUCCCGAACCUGGUUUCACGGAUGAAGAGUUGCAAUAUCUGGAAACCACCCUGCAAAUUAUUGAAUCUAUAUCACUCGAUACCCUCCGCUUGAAUGAGAAAGAAGAUGGUGCUAUCAAUAUGGCAGGCGAGGACUCACCUCGUCCGAGCCCGCACCCCGAUACCGACAUACAAGCAAAUCCGACAAUUUGGAAUAAAUUAAACUCCGCACUGCUGGCUAGAAGUACCGUGGGAAGUGUCCAAACUCUGGUUGGUGUUGCAUGCUUGUUUGCUGGACUCAAGAUUAUGGCCGCUUCAGAGGAUGGUUUUGAGCUCUUGCACAAAUAG